AUGAUGAUGAUGAUGACGACGACGACGACUUGUAAGCUAUACAUUUUACUACUUGCAAUAUUCUCGCUUGUCACUGCAUACCCCGAUGCUCCAACAAUUUUAACCGUAAAACAAGGUGUCUUUUGUAGUCCCGUAGAAAGAUCUUGGUCACAUCCAGAAAAGUCAUACAUCAAGCUUGUUCCAGAUGCUGUUGCUUCUCAAAAGCAAAUAAAAGGUUUGAUCUUUCAUUACUACGAUAUCGUCAACUUCACCUCGGUUCCAAUCUUGGAAGUAUUUGCCCAAUUGUACCCCAAGGAGAAAAAAAACUUGUAUGGUCAAAUGUUGAAAGAGGAUGGCAGUUUCAACUUGGACCCUGCAGAAGGUUACAACGUUGAUAAGCUGAAGAUUUGGAGCGGUUCCAUUGAUAAAGAGGUCAAAUUCGAGAUUCCAAGUACGGGGAUCUAUUGUGUUUACAUUGCACCACCUGCCGAUACCGACGAGGAUGAGGAUCAAGCUCAAGCUCAAUUCAAAAUACCCGUGGUAUUCAAAAACAGUUAUGGUAAUUUGUCAUACACAUAUUACUUGAUUUAUUCCUUGUUGAAGUUUUCUAUUCCUGCUGGACUUGUGAUUUUCGCAGGUUUAUUCAACUAUGUAUUAAGAUUCAAAAUUGGCAAAGAUUUCCAAAACAUGGACUCCUUAUCAGUGAUAUCCAAGGCUGUGAUCUUUUUGGUCUUGUGUCCACUUAUUGCAGUUUCCAUACUCCAGUGGUUUGUUUUCUUCUUGGUCAACAACUUCUUGGAAACAUGUCAAAAAAGUUUCAUAAUCAAUUUCUUGAGCUUUGUUGCUCAGUUUGCACUGAUGUCAUUUCAUGUUUUCGUCGCCUAUAUGACCCUACUUUUCUCAAUGGGAUUUGGAGUCAUUUAUUAUUACAAUGGUAACUCACGUAAUUACAGGUUAUUCCCACAACAAUCGUUUAGGAAAAUAUCUGGCUUCUUGUUCCUUAACAUUGUUUUAUUGUUUGUUUUGCUUGUGAUGAAUAGUUUUAUUGGCUCCAAGAAUACUAAUUACUUGAUUGGUAUUGGAGAUAGUACAGUAAAUAAUAAGAAUUCAUUUGUUGGAUUUAUUACAUUACUCGCGGGAUUGUUUUCAUUGGUUUGGGUCAUCUUACCAAUGGUGUUUUAUUUCAAAACGAAAAAGACAAUUGCUACAUUUCCACCUGCACCCGAUGCAGAGUCUACAGACAAAGUGGUUUCGGCUUUUAGAAAGUCAUUCUUGGUGAUUUAUGUGUUACCUAUUCUUACCGCUAUACUAGCAGGUGCAAUAGUAGGUGUGUUGAGUGCUCAAUACAUGCUUAACAUGCCUCAAUUUCCACCAAAUACCGAAAGAGCUCUAGUUUACGCUUCGGCGCAAGCUAUGUGGAUUAUAGAAAAUUCCCUUAAAUCUGUCAUGCUACCAUUAUUUACUACAAGUUUGUUUUAUUCUUUUGGAUUUAUCAUUAUCCUUUUCUUUAUUUGGAUCAAGGAUAACAAUGGUUUAAUUGUUGAUCGCAAUGCUAACGAUCCAAUCGAAUAUGCCAAUGUCCCAAAUUUUGAAAUUUCAGAUGGUGAGGAUGAAGAGAAUAUCAGGGUUUAA